AUGAGGACGUUGGAGCAGCGGUACGGCCGGACAGAGGCCAUCAUCGACCGCGCCCUCAAAGAUCUGAAAAGGAUGCCGGUAAUAGGAACGUCGACAACAGAGGUGAUUGAUUUCGCCAUUAAACUACAGAACAUCACCACCAUCGUCGCGGAUAUCGACAGGGGGGCGAGAUUCCUACAUAAUCCCGCGCUUGAGAGUGAAGUGUCAGAGAAGCUGACCCCUCACUUACAGGUCCACUGGUGUCACUACGCUGAAAAAAACAAGGAGGACACUAGACCUACGAUCAUCAAGAUGGCAGAGUUUUUAAUGAGCGAAGCCGAUCUCAUGACCCGACAUCUGCGAAUAGCAUCACCAACGAGACGAACGAGCGCGCUACCCACGAAGCAGCCCCCGAAGCAACCCACUAGGCAACCCAUACCGAAAGCAACGAUGUCGGCACCUCGGCGACAGAUGACGGAUCGUGGCGCGGCCGUAUACGCCGCCGUAGAAAAAAGCGAACAGAGUACCGAAUGUCUCUGGUGCGGCGCCGCACACGUAACGCCGAAGUGUAAGAAGCUGAACGACAUGUCGUUAUCGGACAGAUGGGAGUGGGCGAAAACAAAUAAGAUGUGCUUCCAAUGCAUGAACAGCACGCACAGAAGGUUCAAGUGUAAGGCACGCAAAUGUGGUGUGAGAGAGUGUCGUAAGCCACACCACGCCCUGCUGCACCCCCCAGAAGAACCGCCGAAGCGGCAAGAGGACACCGCGAUUACAGCCGCAGCACGCUUGCCAGAGAACAGCCAAGUGUUGUUAAAGGUGUGUCCCAUCAUCGUGAAAGGCAAGACGGGACGCGAAGUAGAGACGUACGCGAUGCUAGAUGAAGGCUCGACGGUUACACUCAUCGAUGCGGAGAUCGCAGAACAGAUCGGAGCCGAAGCCUCGAGCUGGCACGAAGCCUCAAGCCGAGUGGCUGAUGUCAUCAUCAGAGGGCGACACCAUACGGACGAAGAACACUCGGUGAGGGCGCGUACGAUCCGGGAUCUCACCCUAGGAACGCAGCGAGUGAACCCGGAAAUACUCGCGUACGGACACCUGCGACAACUCACUUGCGAGCAAGUGUGCUACGAAGAUGCCAGACCCAAGGUCUUGAUCGGGUCAGACAACUGGCAUCUGAUUGUUACGCGGAAGCUGCUCAUAGGAAGGCACAAUCAACCCGCAGCGUCGCUGACACGACUGGGAUGGGUCAUCCACGGAACGGUACCCAGAAGUGUCGUGGAAGACGAGGAACAUGUCCUCCACGUGCGGUUGACACAGCGCAACGCCGAGCCAGACAUGCGGCAUAUAGAGGGCAUAAUAAAAGCGCAUUACGACAUCGACGCGUUGGGUAUAUCGUCGAAGAGAUUACCCAUCGCUAAGGAGGAGCGCGCCGUCGCCACAUUCAACCGCACAGCGACGAGAGUGGAUGGGCGAUACGUCGUAGGAUUGCCGUGGGAGAGAGAUAACGUCGCUCUACCUCCCAGCUACGACAUGGCAGCGAGCCGACUGAGGGGAAUAGAGCGGCGGAUGGAUCGCUCUACGGAAUUCCGGCUGGCGUAUACCGCGGAGAUAAACAAGUUGUUGGACAAGGGUUACGCCGAGAAAGUAACCGACGACCGGUUCAACAACGACCGCGCGUGGUACCUUCCCCAUUUCGGAGUGACGAAUCCGAAUAAACCCGGAAAGCUGCGACUCGUAUUCGACGCCGCGGCCCGUUCGAAAGGAAUGUGCUUGAACGACGUACUGCUGGAUGGGCCAGAUAUGCUACGGUCGCUUAACGGUGUGUUAUACCGUUUCCGCGAGAAGCCCGUAGCUAUCACGGCGGAUAUACGAGAGAUGUUCCUGCAGAUUAAGAUACGGGAAGAAGAUAGAGCAGCACAACAGUUUCUGUGGCGAGGAGAUGACAGGAUUAACCCGCCGCAGAAAUACGUAAUGACCUCAAUGAUUUUCGGGGCGAGGAGCUCACCGUUCAUCGCACACAGCGUUCGAGACAGGAACGCGGCAGAGCACCGAGAGUCGCACCCGUCAGCGUACACCGCCAUAACAAGGAACCACUACAUGGACGACUGGGUCGAUAGCUUUGACUCCGAAGAGGAAGCAGCCCGCGCCAUACGAGAGGUAGUAGAGGUUCAUGGCGGGAUAGGAUUCACGCUGGCGGGUUGGAAUACAAACCGACCGAGCCUGCUAGAGAAUGUGAGUGAGGACCAGCGAGCGAGGACGCCGAAGGAACUGGGAGCCAACGCACAUCCAUACGGAAAGACAUUGGGGUUAUUGUGGAUGUCAGCCGAAGACCAGCUGGCGUUCAACACCGGCAUGCCACGCGUCCCACGAGAAGUGAAGCACGGCACGCGGAUACCGACGAAAAGGGAAGCCUUAGGAGCGGUGAUGUCAUUGUUCGACCCGCUCGGGCUGCUGAGCCCUUACAUCAUCACGGCAAAAAUCAUCUUGCAGGCGCUGUGGGUGCAGAAGGUCGAAUGGGAUGACUCUCUGCCCGCCGAGGAAGCGCGGAUGUUCCAGGAAUGGAGAGAUGACUUAGCCUAUAUAGAGGAACUGAGAUUGCCGCGAUGGUAUGGCACGAACGACAGCCAACGGUCGCAACUGCACGUAUUAACGGACGCAAGCGAACAGGCAUAUGCCACAGCCGCGUAUUGGAGGACGGAACGCGAGGAUCGUAGCGUUAACGUCGUCCUGGUAGCAGCCAAAGCGAGGGUAGCGCCCAUGAAAGCGCAGAGUAUACCCCGGAUGGAGCUUCAGGCGAGCCUGGUAGGACCCCGACUGGCCGCUGACGUACUGAAAGGACGUCGUCGCGCGGCUGAAGUCUUCCUAUGGACGGUCUCGAAGAAGACGCUACAUUGGACUAGGAACGACAUAGAUUAA